AUGAAAAACGUAACGUACGGAUUUUUCACAGCUUUUCCUAAUCCACCACUUCGGCAGUUUCAUUGGGAAGUAUACACUCAUUGCUCCACCGGCUUUUUGAAGUGUUUGAAGUACUUGAACGAAAAAAUCAAUGAAACUUAUCACCUGCGGAAAACUGAUACCGCCACAAUAGCACAUACAUCCAAAUGGCGGCUUCCAGGAAAUCGAGAUCUUAUAAAUCAAGCAGAUGAUGAAUGCCUUAGACUAGUCGAAAUGGACCGCAAGAAGAACAAGCCCUUUCAGGGUCCUUUGGAGAAGUUCCAGUGGCAAACCUCAGCCAGCUAUUACAUGUGCUGGUAUACCAUGCAGGAUAUUCCUAACUUAGCGAUGCUCGGGGAGCCUUGCGACAACUUCGCCAACUGCUGGGACCCCGAGCGAGGUAUCACGAACCGAGACUUCCGGGCCGAUGAUCGGAAACCCUACGCAUGCGCCAUGUACAGCUUCUGCCCGGAUCCUUGCUGCCCGAAGAAGCUCGCCCGCUCGGAGGAGGAAUGCUGGAACACGGCCGAGCCCCGAGCCCCUUGCUCCCGUCUCCAGGACAAAGCUUGUUCCUUCGACCCGACCGCCAACAGGGAGCAGCUCAGCAUCAUUUACAACCACUGGAACGUCACCUGCAAGUGUUCGAGCCCCGGGUUCCGCUGGAGUUCUAAAUUCGGCAUGUGUGUGGACAUCAACGAAUGCGAAAAUGGUGCCCAGGUGUGCAAAAACGAGACGGAGCUCUGCAUGAACCUUCCCGGCACUUAUAGUUGUAGUUGCUCUCUCGGCUUCGAAUGGUCGAAACUGUCGAAAUCUUGCAUCAAGAAUCAAUUCUUACACGAAGAGAUAAAGCGCGUCAUUGAAUUCUACUCGCAGGAAAACGCCGCCACAACAAAGCAAGGGGAACCUAUGUCCAUUUCAAGCCUCGUAAAGAAGCUCAUCGGAUACAUAGGUCGGAAAAAAAUUUUCAUCGUCGAAUGGUUAAUGCUUGCGAUCGAUGACGUUUUUUAGACGAGUGGAGACAAAACAAACUGUACUGCCGUGCUAAGGA